AUGCCACCUCCUAAUUCCCCGGGAGAAGCCUCAACGUCGACACCUAUAUCAAAACCAGCUCCUCCGCCUUUCUACCUUCCCAUCAACACAGUAUUCUACCUAUGUCUUCUCUCAAACACCCUUGCUGCCGCACUAUCGCCCAUCCAGGACUGCGAUGAAGUCUACAAUUACUGGGAACCCACACACUACUUGACCCAUGGUCACGGCCUACAGACGUGGGAGUAUUCUCCCGAAUAUUCUAUCAGAAGCUGGUUAUAUGUCGGUCUACACGCUGGUCUAGCUAAGGCUCUGGGACUCUUUGCACGGACUAAGUCAGCGCAGUUCUAUAUGGUGCGGUUAGCCCUUGGGCUUUUUUGCACGAUAUGUGAGACGCGCCUGUUCGCUGCAAUUUCUCGGUCACUUAAUCCGAGAAUCGGGCUUUUCUUUCUUGUAAUUGUGAUAUUCAGUCCUGGGAUGUUUCAUGCGUCUACAGCGGUACUGCCGUCAAGCUUUUCGAUGUACAUGUCUAUGCUGGGGCUGGCUGCUUUCCUUGAUUGGCAAGGUGGAUUGAAAACCGUUCAAGGGGUCAUUUGCUUCGGUAUUGGAGCCAUGGUCGGCUGGCCGUUCGCGGGAGCAUUGGCUAUACCAUUUUUACUAGAAGAGAUUGCAGUGGCUUGGUCUCUAGGAGAUAUUGCACCCGCGAUGAAGCGGAUACUGGAAGGGGUCGUAAAAUGCCUGUUAAUCUUGUCUGUUGUGGUCUUGGUUGACAGCAUAUUCUACCGUCAAUUCGCCCUUGUUCCAUGGAACAUUGUGGCCUAUAACGUCUUUGGCGGCUUUGGCAAAGGUCCUAAUAUUUUCGGGACCGAACCAUGGACUUUCUAUUUCAAAAAUCUCCUGCUCAAUUUUAAUAUGUGGACCGUUCUUGCGCUCUCCAGCAUUCCUCUGCUGGGUCUCCAGGCCCUGUUUCGUCCUCACAAAACCUCUGCACAAACACUUUUCAGAUCAGUGACUCUGGUAAUGCCGUUCUACAUGUGGUUCGCCAUUUUUACUCUUCAACCUCACAAGGAAGAACGAUUCAUGUACCCUGCCUACCCGUUCCUAGCCCUAAAUGCCUCCAUCAGUCUGCAUAUAAUUCUAGCAUAUGUCGGAUCGUCGGAUCCGGGAACAUUGGUUGGCAAAAUACCCGCUAAAGUGAAGCUCAUUAUAACUGUCAUCCCUGUGUUACUGGCCAUAAACAUUGGACUUCUAAGGACCGUGGGUGUAGUGACGGCUUACAGCGCUCCUCUACAGGUAUUUGAUGCGCUACUGCAAACGGACGGUGCUCAACCUGACGGUUUCGUAUGUUAUGGAAAGGAAUGGUACCGAUACCCUUCUUCCUUCUUCCUUGCGAACAAUAAUCUUCGAGCGAAAUUUGUCCAGAGCGAGUUUCGAGGGCUGUUGCCAGGGGAAUUUGCUGAGUCCGGGGCUGGCCUUGGAUAUUUCCCGGGAACAUGGACUGUUCCUGAAGGGAUGAAUGACCGGAACCUGGAGGAUCCAGAGAAAUAUAUUGAUAUUUCUCAAUGCACGUAUUUGGUGGACUCCUAUUUCCCAGGUGAUAAGGAGACUAAGUUCGAGCCUCACUAUAUUCUCGACACCGAGACGUGGGAAAAAAUCUCAUGUAAGCCAUUCUUGGAUACCCGCCGCACCGGUGUCUUAGGACGAACGAUCUGGAUUCCAAGCCUGCCUUUUAUACCAAAGAAACACCAGCGUGUCUGGGGAGACUACUGUCUGCUUAAACGAAGAGCUGCCUGA